AUGAUUUCAUUAAGUACCUUAGAAAAAGGUAAAUUAACUAUUAUGUCAUAUAAUAUUCAAAUGUUAUCUAUUCCUUUUAGCAUACAUUUGAAUAGUUGGAUGAGAAGGAAUGCAAUAAUUGAAUAUAUAAAUGUUCUUGAUGAUUUAUAUAACAUUGAUAUAUUAGUACUUAAUGAAGUUUUUACAAAAAAGAGUUAUGAAUUAUUAACAAGUGGAGAAAUAAAAAAGAGAUUUCCAUAUCAUACAAAUGUAGUAGGUAAAAAGUGUAAAAGUAAUGAGUGUCAUGAUGAUAUUUUAUAUAACGAAGAAAAAGACACAUUGUCUUAUAUUUCAAGGGAUUCAUAUAAAAAUGAAGAAGACACUUGUUUUAUAAUGCAAAAUGAAAAUGAUAAUGAAAUAAACAUCCAAAAAGAAAAAUUAAUUAAAAAUAUAGAUAACAAAAAUAAAAAAGAUAUUUCUAAUAAUAUAGAGUUCUCAAAUUUUGAUACUAUAACUGGAAAUGCUAAAUUUUAUCAAUUUUUCAACGGGGGUGUAUUAGUUUUAUCAAAACACAAAAUUUUACAAAAACAUGCAUUAAUUUAUUCUUGUAGCACAUUUCCUGAUAUGUUUUGCUCAAAAGGAGCUAUAUAUUUAAAGUGUGAAGUAAAUGAUAAAAGAAUUAACAUUAUAGCAACUCAUUUACAAGCUGGUGAUAAAAUAAAACAACAGAAUUCUAGAAUGAAACAAUUGAAUGAAUUAAGUAAAUGGGUUUAUGAAGGUAUUCCAAGUCAUUUCAUUAAAAAAUAUGAACCAUUAUUUUUUGUUGGUGAUCUUAAUAUCAGAUACGAUGUUGAUAAAUUAUAUUUAGAAAAAGUUUUAUCAAAAACUUAUUUAAAUAGUCAUGUUACAAAGAGGUCAUUGGAAACAACCUUUGAUUCUUUCUUAAAUGAUUAUUGUAGAUAUAUAGAAAAUGAUUACACUUAUAAGUAUAAAUAUACAUUAGACUAUAUUUUAGUAUCUAAUGAUUCUAAUAUUAAAAUUAUAGUUCCUCAAACAGCUAUUCAAGAUAAUUUUAGAUCCUUAUUAUUUAUCAAAUUUUUUUGGGGAUUCAUUCCAUAUAAAACCACAUAUAUUCAUCAUCCUAGUGAUCAUUUUCCCAUAUAUGCAACAUUUCAAAUUUAA